AUGUUGCAACCUGCGAGAAGCUAGGUUUUGUGAUCUGUCAUCAGGGACUUGUUUCAUCCCCAGCUUGGACUUCCAGCUCAGCGAUGCCCCCAGGCCUCUGGGGAGGUCUUCUCUGGUGGUGGUGGGGACUUCUCACUGUUGGAAGUUCAGGAGACUCACCUCCGAUCCUACAACCGAAGUGCACUGACUUCCAGAAAGCUAAUCUCCUCCGUGGCACCAACCUCAAAGUCCAGUUUCUCCUCUUCACCCCUUCGAAUCCUAGCUGUGGGCAGCUUUUAGAAGAAAGUAGUGAUAUCCAAAACUCAGGGUUCAAUGCCACUCUGGGCACCAAGCUGAUUAUCCAUGGAUUCAGGGCUUUAGGAACCAAACCUUCCUGGAUUGAUACAUUCAUUGGUGCCAUUCUUCGGGCAGCAGAUGUGAACGUGAUUGCUGUGGACUGGGUUUAUGGCUCUACAGCAGUUUAUUUCUCAGCCGUGGAAAAUGUGGUUAAAUUGGGACUUGAGAUAUCCUCUUUCCUCCGGAAAUUGCUGGUGCUGGGUAUGUCUGAGUCCUCAAUCCACAUCAUUGGUAUUAGCCUGGGGGCCCAUGUUGGGGGCAUGGUGGGACAUUUCUACAAAGGCCAACUGGGACGAAUCACAGGUUUAGAUCCUGCUGGGCCAGAGUAUACCAGAGCCAGCCUGGAGGAGCGUCUGGACCCAGGAGAUGCCCUGUUUGUGGAAGCCAUCCACACAGACACUGAUAAUUUGGGUAUUCGAAUUCCUGUUGGACAUGUGGACUACUUCAUCAAUGGAGGCCAAGACCAGCCUGGCUGUCCUUCCUUCAUUCAUGCAGGUUACAGUUAUCUGAUCUGUGAUCACAUGAGGGCUGUGCACCUUUACAUCAGUGCCCUGGAGAAUUCCUGUCCACUGAUGGCUUUUCCCUGUGCCAGCUACAAAGCCUUCCUUGCAGGACACUGUGUGGAUUGCUUUACCCCAUUUCUGCUUUCCUGCCCAAGGAUUGGUUUGGCAGAACAAGGUGGUAUCGACAUAAAGCCACUUCCAAAGGAGGUGAGCGUCUAUCUCCUGACCACUUCCAUGGCCCCUUACUGUGUGCAUCACAGCCUCGUGGAGUUCUACUUGCUUCAGCCAAGAAACAAAGACACCACUGUAGAUGUCACCUUCCUUAGCAGCAAUGCCACUUCCUCAGUCAAGAUCACCAUACCUAAACAGCAACUCCAAGGCAAAGGAAUCAUAGCUCACAGCAACCCUCAGUGUCAGAUAAACCAAGUGAAAUUCAAGUUGAAGUCUUCCAGGGUUUGGAGAAAAGAAUGGACAACCAUUGUUGGGAAGUUCUGCACUGCCCCUUUGCCCAUCAAUGACAAUAACAAGAUGGUCUGCUUACCUGAGUCAGUGAAGUUGCAGUCAAGCAUGACUGUUUAUCAUGACCUGAGCAUAACCUGUACUUAGUGUAAGUUUGAGCAGGUCACAUCUCCCUGGAUUUUCGAGGUGGGAUGUUCAACUUAUUCUAAGCCACUACUACUAUGAAGACAAAACUCUUGGUUAUGUUACCUAUCAUUCUGCCACUUUACAGGGCAGAGGUAGCUCACUUUAUAGAACUUUAUCUCCACUGUCAAUUUGAAGAGACUGACAUAGAGAGCAUUUCAAGUUUCUUAUUCAUAUUUAACUACAAUUGUCUUAUAUCCUUAGGAAAUUGUACCUAGGAGUCAGUAGAAGCAUGUGUGUGUGUGUGGGAGGGGGGGAAUAGCAUAAUUGUUAUGCUAAAAGACUGUCAUGCCUGAUGCUUGAGGUCUCAGGUUCAAGCCCCCCAUUCCACCAUAAACCAGAAUUGAGCAGCUUUCUGGUUAAAAAUAAAUAAAAUGUGGAAGCAUGUACAAAUAAAGUAUUAAAAACAAAACAAAAC